GGCGCCAGAAUCCAACGAGAAUGAGAUAGCCGGUGGUGAUUCACACCUCUUUACGGAUUUCAAUAGAGUCGUCCCAGAGUAAUUUCCGAGGUCAUGUUGCUGCAUCAAAACUAAUCAUGAAUGGGUUAGAGCAUGCAUCGCAGGGGGUAGAUCUGGUAACCUGGAGUAACAUUAUGGGACUGGUUUGUGGAUAGAUCGACAAAUCACACCAAGUUUGGAAAUUCCCGCGUUUUUGUUUCAUUUUAAACAAUUUCAAUAUUGACAACACGAGAAUGAAGGACAAUUAGCCUUUUGUUUGGCACACAAACUCACCUGGGUGUUUUGCGGUGAAGGAUGGAUUACAAGUACGAUAUUUCACGAUGCUUUUAUUAUUUCUGUUGUCAAGUCCUUCUCUUCUUGAAUCGAAUAUCGCCGACUAAAAUUUGGAAUAAUCAUAUCGGUGGCAAUUGUGGACUCGCAACUUCUUUUCCCAUUCCCAUUCCCAUUCGCUCACGCGGGCAAUCGUUGCGCGCUUUUUUAAUCAAUCUUGAUCCUUCAGAAUUCGAUACCCACAACUUGCUGACAAUACCUAAAUUCCAAAUAUCCUCUCAACUUUACAACCAUGCUGUGGGAGCGAGCUACUGCAUUUGUCGCUGGGGCUUUAUCGUCGGCCAAAAAUCUUGAACAUUCCAAAUUAUCUACGCGUACGACGGGUACAAUCGAUGAUUAUUUGACGGCUCAAAGUCCAAUCUCCCUUCAGGGUAUCCUAAAUAACAUCGGUCCUGAUGGUUCUAAGGCUCAGGGUGCGAGUGCCGGAAUUGUUGUUGCAAGCCCAAGUACAGUUGAUCCUAAUUACUUUUACACUUGGACCCGUGAUUCGGCCUUGACUUUCAAAUAUCUUAUCGAUACUGGCAAUUCGAGUCUCCAAAGUCUUAUUGAAGAUUAUGUUACUGCUCAAGCAAAACUGCAAACCGUCGACAAUCCAUCUGGAGACUUGGCGACAGGAGCAGGUUUGGCAGAACCAAAAUAUUACACGAAUGAAACUGCAUUUUUAGGUGAAUGGGGGCGCCCUCAACGUGAUGGGCCAGCUUUACGCGCCAUAGCUUUGAUUUCAUUUGGUAACGAUCGCCUUACCUUGGGACAAAAUGAUACUGUCAAGGAAAUCAUCUGGCCAAUUGUUCGGAACGACUUGGCAUAUGUUUCUCAGUAUUGGAACUUCUCCGGUUUUGAUUUAUGGGAAGAAAUUAAUGGAUCAUCGUUUUUUACCACCGCCGUUCAACAUCGAGCAUUGGUAGAAGGAGCAAAAUUCGCCACUGCCCUCGGAGAGUCAUGUAACGAUUGCGAGGAACAAGCCCCAGAGGUCCUUUGCAUGCUACAGGAUUAUUGGAAUGGAGCUAGCAUAAAUUCAAACAUCCAAGUACAAUCGUCAACUUAUGAUCGUUCCGGGUUGGAUUGUAAUUCAAUUUUGACUUCGAUUCAUACUUUUGAUCCUGAUCAAGCUGUGGGAUGUGAUUCUACCACUUUCCAACCUUGUUCUGACCGCGCCCUUGCAAACCACAAAGUGUUGGUUGAUUCUUUCCGCUCUAUUUAUACUAUCAAUUCGAAUGCAUCAACAGGACAAGCUGCAGCUAUCGGACGUUAUGCUGAAGAUGUUUAUCAAGGAGGAAAUCCUUGGUAUAUAUGCACAUACGCUGCAGCAGAACAACUUUAUGAUGCUCUAUGGACAUAUAACACCACGGAAAGUAUUACCAUAACCGACAUUAGCCAGGACUUUUUCACCGACUUAGUCCCCGGGAUAGAGACAGGUACAUUCGCAAGUGAUUCAAGCCAAUUCAAGGAUAUAGUAAAAGCCAUGCAAGAUUAUGCAGAUGGCUUUGUAUCAAUCGCUGAAACAUACACACCAGAAGACGGAGCACUAGCGGAACAAUUUUCCCGUGAAAAUGGUACCGCUUUAAGUGCAGUAGAUCUCACAUGGUCUUAUGCAUCUUUCCUCACCAUGCAACGAGCCAGAGAGGGGAAGUCUGGUCCUAGUUGGGGAGCUGCAUCUGCUAUCGCCAAAGGAGUGCCAGAUAAAUGCUCGGGUGGUGGCGUUAAGGGAGCUUAUUCCACGCCAUCCGCAACUGCAUUUCCUCAAAGUGAAGAGGGAACUUUUGGAACGAAGACGAGUUCGACAAGUGACACGGGAACUGGAACUGGUACAGUGAGUGGCACUGCGGUUAGUGCGACGACAUCAAAGAGUGCUGGGAACAGAGUUAUGCCUAUUGGUUUCUUUUGACAUUAGUGUGGGUUAGAAAAUUGCCAGACUUGGUCCAGGCAAGGAGUGCUGUAGUCUUUGUGAGAUGUCUCCGCGGAAGUGUUGUACAAUUUUGUUAUGAUUUUAAUGGCCUACGAUGUGUAUAUAUAAUGUGUACCAAUGAAUGGGUGUAUUGACCAAUGGCAAGAGAUAAGAAGCACGAUAGAAUAAUAUUAAUCUCGAAUGUUUCACCCGUCCA